AUGAGAGUUUCACAGAGCUGGACAGAAAGACAGAACGACUGAGAGGGAAAGUCAAUGCAGCUCUGAGCAGGGGGAAAGUCCCUGGAGUACAAAGGAGAGGCAGGAGGAAAAACAAAUUGCCAUCACCUCUGUAGAGUCUGAUUGGAACAAAGUGACAACAGCUGACAGAGAUCUGCUUUUUUCCCCCUGCAGUUCUAGUUCUAAUCUGUUCAUCUUCUAAAACACUCUGGAAAUCUUGGGAACAAUCAGCUGCAACUCAGUCACACAAACUACUUCAAUCAGCUCAGAUUUCCAGAGGAGUCCAGCAUCUUUCCCUUCCUUUAUUUCCCGUAGACAACCUGAGGAAGACUUUUUUUCCUGGUUUGACCCCAGCAAUGAUUCCCAUCAUCCCCUCCUUCCUCCUCGUCCUUCUCCUGGCCACUCCGGCCCUCCAGACCCCAUCAACCUCCCAGGAGUUACAGGUCAGAGGUCAAAGGACAACUAGGGACACCAAGCAGGACUCCAUCAAGGUGGUGAUCUCUGAAGGCUGGGCCACUCAGGGUGAUUCAUCAGAUGUCAGCCAGGGAGGUAAAGAAAUCGACCUGAUUCCCGGUUCUCCUCUGGUCCUGACCCAUAAGAUCAAACUGGUUCCAACGGGUCCAGGUUCAGGAUCUUGUGGCUGCGAGGCGGACUUUGCUGCCCUACGGGAGCGUGUGGAGAGGCUGGAGAGGGAGGUGUCGACCCUCAGGGAGAAAUGUGGAGGACCUGAAGGAGGCUGCUGCACCUCCAAGGAGAGCAAAGGUGCAGGUUGCUCCAUCAAACCCGAAGUCGACGAGUGUCCCAACGAGUGCAGUGAUCAGGGUCGCUGCGUGGACGGCAAGUGCGUCUGCUUCCCUGGUUUUAGUGGAUCGGACUGCAGCGAGUCUAACUGUCCCGGAAACUGCAACAACAACGGAAGGUGCGUGAAUGGACAGUGCAUCUGCGAUCCUGGUUUCACCGGUCCCGACUGCUUGCAGAGAAGCUGCCCCGACAACUGCAACAACCGAGGCAGGUGUGUGAACGGCAGGUGUGUGUGCGACGCUGGCUUCACGGGUCCCAGUUGCUCGGAUGAAUCCUGUCCUGGAAAUUGCAACAACAGGGGGCGCUGCGUCAACGGACAGUGUGUGUGCAAGCCUGGAUUCACCGGCCCAGACUGCUCCAAGAAGGCGUGUCCUAACAACUGCAGUGACCGUGGAAGGUGUGUAAACGGUAAAUGUGUGUGUGACAGCGGCUUCACUGGCGCGGACUGCUCAGAGAAAUCAUGUCCAGGAAACUGCAACAACAGGGGGCGCUGCAUUGACGGACAGUGUGUCUGUAAUCCAGAAUUCACCGGGCCAGACUGCUCAGAAAGGGCCUGCCCUGAUAACUGCAACGACAGGGGUCGCUGCAUCAAUGGACAGUGUGUCUGUAAUCCAGAAUUCACCGGUCCAGACUGCUCAGAAAGAGCCUGCCCUGAUAACUGCAACAACAGGGGUCGCUGCAUCAAUGGACAGUGUGUCUGUAAUCCAGAAUUCACCGGUCCAGACUGCUCAGAAAGAGCCUGCCCUGAUAACUGCAACAACAGGGGUCGCUGCAUCAAUGGACAGUGUGUCUGUAAUCCAGAAUUCACCGGUCCAGACUGCUCAGAAAGAGCCUGCCCUGAUAACUGCAACAACAGGGGUCGCUGCAUCAAUGGACAGUGUGUCUGUAAUCCAGAAUUCACCGGUCCAGACUGCUCAGAAAGAGCCUGCCCUGAUAACUGCAACAACAGGGGUCGCUGCAUCAAUGGACAGUGUGUCUGUAAUCCAGAAUUCACCGGUCCAGACUGCUCAGAAAGAGCCUGCCCUGAUAACUGCAACAACAGGGGUCGCUGCAUCAAUGGACAGUGUGUCUGUAAUCCAGAAUUCACCGGUCCAGACUGCUCAGAAAGAGCCUGCCCUGAUAACUGCAACAACAGGGGUCGCUGCAUCAAUGGACAGUGUGUCUGUAAUCCAGAAUUCACCGGUCCAGACUGCUCAGAAAGAGCCUGCCCUGAUAACUGCAACAACAGGGGUCGCUGCAUCAAUGGACAGUGUGUCUGUAAUCCAGAAUUCACCGGUCCAGACUGCUCAGAAAGAGCCUGCCCUGAUAACUGCAACAACAGGGGUCGCUGCAUCAAUGGACAGUGUGUCUGUAAUCCAGAAUUCACUGGGCCAGACUGCUCAGAAAGGGCCUGCCCUGAUAACUGCAACAACCGUGGGAGGUGUGUAAACGGUAAAUGUGUGUGUGACAGCGGCUUCACCGGCGCAGACUGCUCUGAGAUUGCCUGUCCUGGAAACUGCAACAACAGGGGGCGCUGCAUAAAUGGAGAGUGCGUUUGUGAUGAUGGUUUCAGCGGCCUUGAUUGCUUGGAAAAAACAUGCCCUAAUGACUGCAACGACCGCGGAAGGUGUGUUGAUGGUAAAUGUGUGUGUGACAGCGGCUUCACGGGUGACGACUGCUCUGAGAACUCCUGCCCAGGAAACUGCAACAACAGGGGGCGCUGCGUUAAUGGACAGUGCGUUUGCAAUGAUGGAUUCACCGGUGCAGACUGCUCUGAAAAAGCUUGUCCCCAAAACUGUAGCAACCGUGGGAAGUGCGUGAAUGGGAAGUGUGUUUGUAACGUGGGCUUCGCCGGGCCGGACUGCGCCGCCAAAGGCUGUCCCAAUAACUGCAACAACAAAGGACGGUGCGUCAAAGGGAGGUGUGUCUGCCGGCGUGGGUUUACCGGAGCAGACUGCAGCCAGUGUGAGGAGGGGAUGACCGGACCCAACUGUGAUACCGUCAUGUCAGGAGUUUCUCAGCUGAGUACUCGGGCCAUCACAGAGACGUCUGUCACUCUGGUCUGGACUCCACCUCCCGUCCAGUAUGAGAAAUACCACAUCACCUUCACCAGCCAGGAGGGGAUCAGCUCUUUGGAGAUUGGGGAUGACAUGCGGCAAAGAUCCCCAGCUGGGCUCAAACCUGAGACCCAGAUUGAGUUUUGA